AUCUAUCUGAUAAGCCUACACCUUCAUUAACAUUCACAUAUCUUUCCCACUAAAAAAAAUAUUUAACUAUCUAAAAAGUACAUCUCAUUGUUUCCACAUACCCCCCAAAAAAGAAAUAUUCCUCUGUGAUCAGCAAAUCUCAUCAAUACUUGCAUACCUUUAACUAAAAAAAAAAAUUAUAUAUAUAUAUAUAUAUAUAUAUAUAUAUAUAUAUAUAUAUAUAUAUAUAUAUAUAUAUAUAUAUAUAUAUAUAUAUAUAUAUAUAUAUAUAUAUAUAUAUAUAUAUAUAUAUAUAUAUAUAUAUAUAUAUAUAUAUAUAUAUAUAUAUAUAUAUAUAUAUGUCUAGUAAGUAAAACAUCAUCAUUGUUUGCAUAUCUUCCCCUUCAAAGAAAUAAUCAUCUGUAAUCUGCAAAUCUCAUCUACACGUGCACAUCUUCGCCUCCACAUCACACAGCAAAUACUGACUUGCAAAGGUUUACUCACAGUUGACCUAAGCAUUGACAAGUUCUGUGUACAUGGCAAUACUGGAAAGCUAAAUGAAUACAUACUUUUACUGUUAUGACCAUUACUUUUAGUUAAUUAUAAUAUUCUGGCGAGUCAAUUAACCUUCCGCAGACUAGAGGCAGUAGGCACCUUGAACUCAGCUGGGAACACACACACACACACACACACACACACACACACACACAAAUGGAGUUUUUUUUUUCCCCUUUUCCUUUUCUUUUUGAGCCCAUACUAAUGAACACUAGUAAUGAAUACAGUUGGUUAUUAUCUUCCUAUUCACAGCCAUGACAAGUUUACCAUCUACCUCAAAAAAUAAUAUGGAUUUCCGUAUUACAAACAUUCACAUUCGCAUGAAAAAAAAAAAAAAAAGUGUUUGAGGAAGUAACACACACACACACACACACACACACACACACACACGUCAUCUCUCCCAUUGAACCAAAGCCAUAGGAAUAAAUUUUUUUUUUUUUUUUCCGGGUAUAGUUUGCGGUUCUAUUAACUAAUUGCUGUCUGUGGGGAGUUAGUGGACUCCUAUUGUUAAACCUGCCAUUGUCUUCCUAUUUUUUUUCAUACUGUUUAGUUCUUUCGUAUUGUUUUCCAUGCCACAUACCAAUACUAUAAAGUUUAUUCCAAUGGGGAGUUUUAUAUGUAUAAAUAAAUGUAUCAAGUUGCCUGGUUGGUUUCAACUUUCAGCGUGCCAUCCUGCGUUAGGGAGUGGGAGCGGUGAAGAGCUGGGAAAGCUGUACAGUGAAUGACAUGCGAUCCAGGGAAAGUUAGAAGGGAUGCGGGGAUAAGGGUGUGGGGAGAGGAUGAACCAGAAAAUGUGUCAGGUAAAUAGGAGGGAGUGAGGCGCAACACAUCGCCGACAAAGGGCAACAUUACGCAGCUGGCAAAACUUUAUUGCCAGAAUGCAUGUCGCGCCAGCCUAGGCGCCCAGUGUGAACUUCCUGAGCACUGAGCAAUGCGGAAGUCUUCACUGGACGCUUGAACGUCAGCAGAGGCACGAUAUUCUUCUUAAACUAUGAGUACUGCAAGGCCCAGCACUCGCUGUGUCGGCGGAAAUGUUAUGAUGUUCCGGCGGGGCUCGGCAAUGCUUAGGAGACGCUAACCAUGCAUGGAUAACUUAUAUACUGUUUCAUCCUGUAAGCCAUCCAGUCUUUCAUGGAGAAUUUCAGACACGCGGCUAGUCACCUUCAAUGAUUUAACACUGUUGGCCAGGAGGCAGUGCGUCCAUGGCAUGUGCUGGGACAUGACGGUGGAGUGCGUUCUUAAUUUUUGAAGGGGCGUGUGCAGCGCGCCUCACGUCUUGUGCUUCAUUGAUUCAUGGCGUCUCAGUUGCUAGGCAACCCGGGGACGCUGGGCUCCUAUAUGAAUGCCAGGUCUCAUUUGCUUGAUUAUUAUAACCAGCCACGUAGGACUUGAACUGGACAGGCGACAUUAGUGCCACGCGAGGGUCUGGAUAACAGUCAAGCGGCAAAUUUAGCAUUUCCAACCUGUCCUGGGGAGGCGGCCACACUGCCCGCCUGCAGUCGGGAGGAGGUCACCGCUGGAGGCAGACGCUGGUGCUGGUCUUGGCGAGGUGCGACCCCGACCCUCCUGCUGGCACUCAGCGGGAGGACGUGGCUCGCUGCUGUGAGGACGACACCGACCACUGGCGAGGGCCCGCACGCACCCACUCCCCGCACCUUGGGCCACGGCGGCCCGCGCGGCGGCGGCGGCAGCGGCGACAGUGAGCGACUAGCGGUCCGAAAGAAGGCAGUGCCAAGUGUGAGUCGGAGAUGAAGACUCAGAACAAAGUUGAAAUGUAAGUGAUCGAUCCAAGUGGUGAUUCAAACGACUGCACCGCAAUGUUCAUGAUGGAUGACUGCCGCACGCCCGCAGGGCACCGCCCCACGCCAUGGGCGCGCCCUCACACUUGAAGUUAGCGCGACUUAACCCGUGGCUAAGACUCCUGCAGCGGCGAGGGCACUUGCAGCUACGCCCUGAUGUGGUGCUAUUGAUCACGGUGGCCUGCGAGGCAUUAGCACGAGAUGUCCGAGUGACCGAGCGCCGCCGCGUGCCCGCCGCCCGCCUCCCGGUGUCACCUCCAGCAGCGGGUGUGGGUCCUCCCCGGGUUGGCGCCGCAAGGCUUCUCGUGCCCACACGCGUGUCAGGGCGACGUGUUGACCACCACAGUAAACAAUGUCCCUGAGUGCCAAUCUCGCCAGAACGUACCCCGCGUUCUACGAUCACUUUGUAGAACUUUAGGAAUGUGACGCCCGCCACUCGCGCCUGACCAGACGCGCCGAACAAAGGAACACACCACCACGCCACCACGCUCACCAAGCAGGAAGGAAGGAAGGAAGGAAGGAAGGAAGGAGCGACCACCGUGCAUAAACAUCAAGUUCGCGUCAUAACAUUUGGCGGGUGUGCUGAGGCGGCCGUGACUACUCAAGGUGUUCACGGAAACUGUCCGCGACUCAACAGGAACAGGUCGAUAGGGAUCAGCGACGCUCAUUAGCUCAUCACCACCCUGACGGCUCCUGCGGGGGUGGGGACAGGAGGGACGGGGACGCUGGGCCGUGACUCGCCGCGGUGUGAAUGAGCUGAGGAGGACAUGGGGCAGGCAGGGGGAGGCGGGGCAACUUUCCAGCUCUCCCCAGCCCUUGCCCCGUCCCGUCCCGCCCCGCCCCGCCCUCUACGACUGUGACAAGGCGGCUCCCCACCCCCGCCUCCUCCUCAAUGCUCCAGCAGCCCAAACAGAGGCAAAGUCAGUCUGCCGCCAAGACCAGGAAAUGUGAGAACGGCAAGACACUUUCCCUGAACGUAAAUGGGGGUCGGGUUUUCAAGACUUCAGACCGCCCCAGAACCCGCCCCGCCGCCCAUCUCUAUGGGCCGCAUCGCACCCGUACCGCCACUACCACCACUGCCUCCGCCACCCACCCGACCCAUGGCUACCGCGCGGGGCACCAGCAGGCCCCGCCCGUGCCACGCCAGGACCUGCAGAUGACCCCACUCACGGUCCCCCUCCUGCCCCAUGUGCCUCCACGCCCCAUCCUCACCCAGCGUACGCCGCCCCCACUCAGGUCCUCCCGUGUUUACUCCGGGCGGCGGGCCUCUCCCAGCCGCCCUAGCGCCCCGCCCCCUGGCCAGGCGCAGCUCACGGCCCAGAUCCAACUGCUGCGGCCCAACAACACUCCCGUAUCCGUGGAGAAGGUGGACCUCGACAGACGCGGCCUCACUUCCUGGCCAGCGUUGGGUGCCGGAGAGGAACCCGUGCGUCUUCUGUCCCUACAACACAACCUCCUGACACGAGUGGACCCGCCCUCCCCCUCGCCCUCCCUCGUCCUUCUCGACCUGUACCAUAACCAUCUCAACAACUUGCACGGCCUGCACGCCUUCCCCAACCUCCGCGUCCUCAUGCUGGCUAAAAACAGACUGUCGCGACUGGACGGGCUGGAGCACCUCACCAAACUGGAGGUGCUGGAUCUACACGGCAACCAACUCCACCACCUCCAGGGACUCGCCCACCUCAAGGAGCUACGUCUGCUGAAUCUCGCGGGCAACAUGCUGCGCCACGUGACGGGGCUGCGGGGCCUCGACUGCCUGGUGGAGCUCAACCUUCGCCGCAACCUGAUCCGCACCGUGGCCGACCUGCACUACCUGCCACGCCUCGAGAAGGUCUUCAUGGGCUACAACGAGAUCUACAGAUAUGAAGACCUCGCCUGCCUCCAGAAUUGCCUCAAGCUGCGAGAACUGUCCCUGGAGGAGAACCCCAUCAGCAGGCAGCCUCACUACUUCCACCACACCGUCGCCAGGUUCUACAGACUCAAGAGGCUGGACGAUCAGGAGUUGACUAUGGAGACGAGGCGACAGUCAGAGAAGGUGCUGCAGAAGGCGAAGGAGAAGGAGCGCCUGCAAGCGACCCGCAUCAGUGAUGAGGAGAAGAGGAACUCAGCCAUCACCAAUGCCAUGAAGAACUGGCAGGUGCUCAAGAGGCAGCACCGCAAGCUUGUCCGUAAACCCAGCGAGAGUUCCACCAGCACCAGCGACCAACCUCCCUCCAAGGACAGUGAUGGCACCACCUCCAGUGGCUUCUGUGGAGAUACAGUGUCUGAUGUUGGUGAGGAAGAAGAGGCAGAGGAGGAGGGGAAGGAGGGGAAGGAAGGGAAGGAGGGGAAGGAGGGAUGCACCAAAAAGAAGGAAGGGGAGGAGGAGGCCAAGGCAGGCGGCACCAAAGAGGUAGGUGGUGAAGAGAAGAGCCAGUCAGAGGCCACGGAGGAGCAGCAGCAGGAGGACGACCGUGCCUCGCUGGCCUCCUCUGCCACCUCCAGCGGCAUCUCUGAUGUGAGUCUGGUGCACCGAGCUACCAAGCAGCGGCUCACCGAGGUGCCAGCACAGCCUGCUGCCUCUCAGGCCGACACGAGCAAGGAGACGCAGGCAGCCCCAGAGAGUGUAAAGAAAGUUUCUAAGAAAUCUACUGCCAAGUGUGCUGACAAGGCUAACCUGCCAAGAAGCAAGUCCUACACGGACAUGAGGAUUUUAAGGAAGAAGCCUUCCUUUGAGGAGGAGAAUGCAGUCAAGGUUAAGUUAGCAAGGACUCCUGAGAUACAGCGGGGAGGGUGUGAGGCAUGGGGUGGGGCGGGGCGGGGUGGGGAGAGGAUAAGUUUGGAGGCAGCACCUCGCAAUGUGCUGCCAGUGCAGAGCCUGCCAGUGGGGCGGCGUGGCGGCCGGCUGGGCAGCCCACGGACGGCUGAGAAGACAGUUCCUCGCAUCAUAGCCAAUGAGAGUGGCAAGCGAGGCAGCCCCAAAAACUUUGAAGUGCUGAAGAAAAGUGACGGGACGCGAGGUGCGGGUCACCUGCCCGACAAGGUGGUUAGUGCAGCCAUCACCAGGGUCAGGUCUAAUCUCAGUCUUCCGGUCCAGAGUCCAGAGGUGCCCGUGUCUCCCAGGAAUGCUGUGUCAGAGCCGUCUGAGAUCGACUCCAGUUCGGAUGCUGAGUCUGCUGCCACUGCCACCACUACCAACACUGCUGCCACACACACCAGCUCGGGGGAGCCCACAGCCAACCCUGCAGCCCCACGGGGACCACACAGUCUGGCCGACCUGCGGGUGCCGCUGGCCCGGCCCAAGGAGCAGGAGCGGCCCGCUGCUGAGAAGGUUGACAAGCCUGUUUCCACGGUGGGCCAGAGCAGCACAGGGAUCCUACGUGAGCAGGGACCCAACUUCCUGGCGGAGCUUGAGGGUGAGCGGCUGAGUCUGUAUGGCCAGGGUGCCCUGCGCUGCACUGACCUGGCCUGGGAGAAAUCCAUGGCGGCUGCGGCAACCACUGCACGAUUCCAAUACAUCAACUAUGACGACAUUGUUGACAUCUUCCCAAAACUACGGGUAAAGUUUCCUCGCCUGGAGAACUUCAUCUUCGUGGAGACCCACCUGGCCAAGUGCAGCCAGCUCAAUGCCCUUGCCGAGCUGCACCAGGUCACCUCCCUGGAAGUGGGCAAGGAGGGCAACCCACUCACACAGAUCCCCUACUGGCGGCUCUAUGCAGUGUUCCGGCUCUCCCACUGGGGCCUCAGGCUCAUCGACGGCACAGAGGUGAGUGAGGAGGAGCGCACAGAGGCUGCUGUCAUGUUCAGCCACCUGAGCCAGCUGGCCUUCACCUGCCUGCCCAGAGACCAGCUGGCUGCCUUUCUCUCCUCCCACCACCACCACCACCCGCACCACCAGAACCACCCAGCAGAUGACCCUGCCACCCCACCGCCAGGUGGUGGUGGGGCACAGGAUGCAGGAGGAGGCACAGCAGGCCGGGAGGAGGAUGAGGGUCCACGUCUGAACCUCCCACACCUUCAGGAUCUCAUAGGGAAGGAGGCGUUGCAGUACCGACCAGCUGCCCGCCUCACCCAGGAGGACAACACAACAUUACUGAGUGCUGGGAGACAAGCAAGGCAACUAGCUGUGUGGACCUUUGAUUCCCUGCACCGCCUCCACACCCAUCACUCCACCUGGCCCUCGGUUCUUCAUGACCUGGUACGUGAUGCAGUGACUGACCUUGCCAAGCCCACAUAUGGCAAGCAGUGCCUUGAAGACGUGAAGCGAUCCCUGGGUUGGAAGAAAUGAUGUGGAAUGACAUGGUGUUCUUGACUCGAUACCGCCAACUUGGUUCUCUUUAUGAUGCUGGGAAGGAACUGUGCUGCUAUGUGAAAGUUCAUUGCUUUUUUUACCAGUGUUUGCAAGGAGAGUUGUCUUAUUUGGUGAAGAAAUUAUGUCAUGAUGUGAAAUUGUUGAUGACCACCAACUUGGUUCACUUUAUGAUGCUGGGAAGAAACUGUACUGUUGUGUGAGUUCAAUAAUUUUUUGCAGGGAUGGUUGUCUUAUCUGGGAGUGGGAUGGAUGGGUUAUUGCUGUGUGUUUAGGAGAGACUGGAAGUGUGUGUUUGCAAGGGAGGCCAUCUUACCUGGGAGUGGAAUGGAUGGGUCAUUACUGAGAGUUUAAGAGUGAGCUGAGAUAUGAAUGUUUGCGAGGGAGGUUGUUUUUAUCUAGCAGCAUGACUCUUGGGUUAUUGCUGUGUGAGUUUAGGAGUGCGUGAAGAUGUCAGUGUUUCCAGGGAAGGUGUCUUAUCUGGCAGUGUGACUCUUGGGUUAUUACUGUGAAUGUAGGAGUGACUGGAGGUGUGAGUAUCAUGUUACAAGUGUUAAUAAUGGAUGAUUUAUAACUACACUUGCAUGCCUUCCUCUAAUAGUGCUGAGUGUACUCUCUCUCUCCUCUCCAACCCUCCAAUGCCCCGUGAGAGGAGAGAUGGGUAUGACGAGUAAUGGGAUGAGUGAUGGGGAAUGGCAUGACUGAGAUGUGGAUUGAUGAGAAACUAUGAAUGAGUGAUGUCAAGGUAAGUUACAUGGAUCAACAAUGAACAAUGGAUAAGCAAAAUCUGUAUGAAACGGAAGGCCUAAUUAUCUGAAAGGAAUAAAACAAACAAUGGAUAAACAAAAUCUAUAAGAAACAUGAGACUUAAUGAUCUUAAAGGAAUACAUACACUCUGGAACACAUGUAUACAAAGAAAGAAAUGUUAGUUUUUUGUUUGAUCAUCCAAAGAUGACAGUGGGAAUUAGUCUUUGUUUCAUCACUCAAAGUGAUCAGCCAGAAAGUCACCAGCAGUCCUUGAAAAGUAACCAUUCACAGGGUUGGCUACAUGCUGGGUGACUGACUGACUUGGGCAGAAUUCCACGAAAAUAAGUUAACAAUGUACAGAGUAAUAUGGCAAAAUAAUGUUUGUCAUGAAAUGAGAUGAACACAAACCAUGGUUAAUGAUUGCAUGAGAACAGCUAAAAUAUAAUCAUGAGUUGGUUACUAAAAUAAAAAGGAAAUAUGAGUUUGAAUGUCUCUCUUGUUUUAGUGUGAAAAGUGAACGAGAAUCUGAUGCAUUUGUGUGAGUAAUGAAUGAAAGUGUGAUGCAUGUCCAACUUGCAGCAUCUGGUGGCUCAAACCUGCAGACAUCUUGUAAGACUGGACAGACAUGUUAGUUACUUCCCAAUAAAAGUUUCAUGAAGUUUUGG